GUCAUUAUCGUUACUCUUUUUGCUUACUAAUUUUUUCCCUAUAUUAAAGCAAAAGUAUGUCCGUACUCGAUUCCUUCUCCCUACAUCACCAUAAUAUACAUUUAGUCCUACAUUUUGGCUGCUGUCUCUCACUUGCUAUGGGUAGAGUUUUGCAAGGUUGCAGAGAAAGACCUGUCAGCUGACACUUGCUCACAUGAGAGCCAUUAAGAGGGUGGUGUGGCCAAUGUCAGAACAACCUUGCAGCUGAAGGCAAGUCACUGCAACUGCCCAGAGCCAUAUGAAUAGUCUUGUGACCAAUUAAUUGACUACAACAUAAUCUCCAGCUAGGGAGUGCAGAUGGAGUGAGUCAGUCCAAGCUGCUCAACCUGUUGAGUGUUUUUUCUUUUGCUAACUGGAGUACAAGCUUGGGAACAAAAGUAGGAAGUGGGAUUUGUACUCGUCUAUGUUUAUAAUGGGUUUGCUGAGAGCAUGUUUUAUAAUGUGAUGGAUGCAUUUAACUUCCUAAAUCAUCCAUGGGCUUAAUUUAUGUAGCAAAUGAAUGUUCCUCUUUUUUUUUUUUUUUUUUUAAAGCUUCUUAAAGAGGAAAUUAGUAGGCUGUUGCCAAGUAGCUUGUCUCAUAUACUGUAUAGGGAGUGAAAUGAUAGCUUAGAACUGCUGGUCGCUGCGGAAUAUUCCUCAAAUAACAAAGGAACUUCAAGAUUUGUGUCCAAGUCCACGUUCACAUUGAUGGUUGGGAUAAACCGGAAGAACAUUAAACCACUCAGAAGAUGUGUGGCGGCACAGCAAAAACCACAAACCGGCCAGGAGACUGGCAAGAUUCGGCCAGAUGUGUGAGUGGUGUCGUCUCUGGUGCUGGGAGAAUUUACAAGACGCUUUUAUGCACAAAGAUUCGAAAAUGUGCUGGGGUUGGAAGGGGUACUGAUCACACGGAACCAGAUGACAGUUGGUCAUGUUCAGAGUUUGACUUGAGUGACAUUCGCCUGAUAGUUUACCAGGACUGUGAGAGGAGAGGCAGACAAGUGUUGUUUGAUUCUAAAGCUGUUCAAAAGAUUGAAGAGAUGGCAACUCAGAAAACAGAGGAUGUCCCUGUGAAAACAUCAGCCAAGUGCUGCCAAGGAAGUAGCAGCAGCAGCAGCAGCAGCAGCAGCAGCAUCUCUUCCCAUAGUUCUUCUGGAGGAUCUUUACAACACACCAAGGAGCAGCUUCCAAAGUACCAGUACACAAGACCAGCUUCCGAUGUCAACAUGCUAGGGGAAAUGAUGUUUGGGUCAGUCGCAAUGAGUUAUAAAGGCUCCACCUUAAAGAUACACUAUAUACGUUCUCCUCCACAACUGAUGAUUAGUAAAGUUUUCUCUGCUAGAAUGGGCAGCUUCUGUGGAAGUACAAAUAACUUGCAAGACAGCUUUGAGUACAUCAACCAAGAUCCUCAUGCAGGAAAACCGAACACGAAUCAGCAUAGUUUGGGUCCUGGUCGUGCCGGAAGUAACCUAGGUCUGCUGCAAGCAUGCAGCAGCAAACUGCUGCAGGGGGCAGCUGAAGGAGGACCUCUCCGGCUCACCCGGAGUGCUUCUUUCUUUGCAGCACACAGCACCCCAGUUGAUAUGCCAAGCAGAGGACAGAAUGAAGACAGGGACAGUGGCAUUGCUCGAUCAGCCUCACUAAGCAGCCUUUUGAUCACACCUUUCCCAUCGCCAAGCUCCUCUACAUCUUCUUCCAGCAGUUAUCAGCGCCGUUGGCUUCGAAGUCAGACGACAAGUUUAGAGAAUGGCAUCUUUCCAAGGAGGUCCACUGAUGAGACAUUUAGCUUGGCUGAAGAAACCUGUAGUUCUAAUCCAGCCAUAGUUAGGAGGAAGAAAAUUGCCAUAAGCAUCAUCUUUUCCCUGUGUGAGAAAGAAGAAGCGCAACGGAAUUUCCAGGACUUCUUUUUUUCUCAUUUCCCCCUCUUUGAAUCUCACAUGAACAGGCUAAAGAGUGCAAUUGAAAAGGCCAUGAUCUCCUGUAGGAAGAUUGCAGAGUCAAGCCUCCGUGUCCAGUUUUACAUCAGCCGUCUGAUGGAAGCUCUGGGAGAAUUCAGAGGGACUAUCUGGAAUUUAUAUUCUGUUCCAAGGAUAGCUGAACCAGUAUGGCUUACUAUGAUGUCAAACACUUUGGAAAAAAACCAGCUCUGCCAGCGCUUUCUCAAGGAGUUUACACUUCUGAUAGAACAAAUCAACAAAAAUCAGUUUUUUGCUGCCUUACUGACUGCAGUGUUAACCUACCACCUGGCUUGGGUACCAACUGUCAUGCCUGUUGAUCACCCUCCCAUUAAGGCCUUCUCAGAGAAACGUACCUCUCAAUCAGUGAACAUGCUGGCCAAAACACAUCCGUACAAUCCUCUCUGGGCACAGCUGGGUGACCUUUAUGGAGCUAUAGGCUCUCCAGUAAGACUGACUCGCACCGUGGUGGUAGGGAAGCAGAAGGAUUUGGUCCAGCGCAUUCUUUAUGUCCUGACCUACUUUCUCCGUUGCUCUGAGCUGCAAGAGAACCAGCUGACCUGGAGUGGGAAUCACAGUGAAGGUGACCAAGUUAUAAAUGGAAGCAAGAUUGUAACAGCCUUGGAGAAAGGAGAGGUGGAGGAGUCCGAGUAUGUGGUAGUGACAGUGAGAAAUGAGCCUGCUCUGGUACCCCCCAUCCUACCAACAGCAAUGACUGAGAGAAGGAGCCCUGGGCCCACAGGGUUAGCUGGGACUCCAGAGGGCACUGACAUUAGAGACCUGGAUCCCAGACCUGACAAAGAAGGAAAGAAGAGGCCAGACCAGGGAUCUGAGGCUCAUAGCAUGGGGUUCCAAGAGCCAGAAUUAGACAGUUCUUGGAAACCUCAUCCCCUUUGUGGGGAUGAAGGAAGUGAAAAAGAGGCACCAUAUGAUGUCCCUUCGAGGUUUCCCAGGUGUGCCAUUCCAGGGGCAGAAAAGAAGAUCAGCCGGCCAGCUGCCAACGAGGAGCUGAAAGAGGAGAUAACUAAGAAGCUACCUGAACGGUCAGCAGCCUGGCCUUGCCCUUGUCCUGACAGACAUUCCCGAGAGAACUCUCCAGUAGAAAAGGUCACUUUCCAAAUUGGAAGCUCCCUAUCUCCAGAGUCUGACUUUGAAAGCCGCACCAAAAAAAUGGAGGAGCGGCUGAAGGCCUGUGGACAAUACCCAGAAGUGGCCGGUAUCUCAGCCGAGUCCAGUGUGGCUGCUGACAUGGCUGAGAGCCAGCAGGUUUCUAGGUGCUCCUUCAAGCCUGGCUUUCAAAAGAAUGUCUGCUGUCCUCAGAAUCGAUCUUCUGACGGAGAGGAAGGUGAAUCUGACAGAGGUUUUGCUGAGGACAGAGGUAUCAGACCUGACGUGGCAGCAGAUGCUGGGCAGCUCAGCCAAGCUGUUCCCACUGACAGUGCGGCGGGAACUGGAAGGAGAACACUGGAGACAACUAGAGGUUUGUAUUUGAAAGAUGUGGAAGGACCUUCAUUAGAACCUGCCCCCAACAGGUGUGUCCAGCAGGUAUCUGGCUUCUUGGUUGCUGCAGAUGUCCCCUGUGGGGAUGCCGAUAGGAAGGCUGACUUCAGGAUCGAAGGAGACAUUCCCAGAAACGAAAGCUCCGAUAGCGCUCUUGGAGACAGUGACGAUGAAGCAUGUGCUUCAGCCACAUUGGAUCUAAAUCACAGUGGUGACAGGACUGAAGGGACCUUAGAAGUGGAGCUGCCUCUGCCAAGGUCUCAAAGCAUCAGCAACCCAAAUGUAAGAAACUUUGGCCGCUCUCUCCUGGCGGGUUACUGCCCCUCAUACAUGCCUGAUCUGGUGCUUCAUGGGACCAGCAGUGAUGAGAAGCUGAAGCAGUGCCUGGUGGCUGAUCUUAUCCACACAGUGCAUCAUCCAGUGCUCGAUGAGCCAAUAGCUGAAGCUGUCUGUAUCAUCGCAGACACAGACAAGUGGAGUGUCCAGGUGGCCACAAGUCAGAGGAAAGUGAUGGAUAACAUGAAGCUGGGCCAGGAUGUCUUGGUCUCUAGUCAGGUGUCCAGUUUACUUCAGUCUAUCUUACAGCUUUACAAGCUUCACCUCCCUGCUGAUUUUUGCAUCAUGCAUCUUGAGGACAGACUGCAGGAGAUGUAUCUUAAAAGCAAAAUGCUGUCUGAGUAUCUUCGGGGACAUACACGAGUCCACGUGAAGGAAUUAGGUGUUGUGCUGGGGAUUGAAUCUAACGACCUGCCGCUGCUGACUGCUGUUGCCAGUACUCAUUCUCCUUACGUGGCUCAAAUACUCCUAUAAGCUGAAGCUCAGGACAGUUCUUCCUUGGAAUAAGAAAAACAAAUUCUCAACUGAAGAAGAGAGGAAUAAGCUCUCUGGGACAUCCAAAGCAUGAGAAGAGCAAACAAAUAGUCAUUCCACCGUUUGUUUUGCAUUGUUACUUUCGAGUGGAUGCUUCAUUGGAAGAGAAGACAGGUUUACUCUAAAUAUUGGCAUUUGUGAUUUUCAGGAACACUUUAGGCCUUUGUUACCCAUGAAUCAAUCAGGGGAGAGAGUGGCCUUUCUGGUGGGGGAAAACGUAAGCACUACACUGAACACUCAGCAUUUGGUACUGAUUGCCUUGUGCUGUCAGGCAGAAUAAUGAUGGGUGACUUUGGAGCAGGGAGGUAAACAGUGUAUGUAACAUUCCAGUAGGAAAUGUUUCAGAGCUUAAGUCUGAGCACUGCAAGCUGUAGAGAGCAGAGUACACUAGGCUAAAGUCAGAACAAGGACUUUGGAUUCCAGGUCAGAGUUUGCUUUUUAGAAAAGAAAAGUGAAAUGAAGAAAGCCAUUUUUGGCUGUAGCAGCUGUUUGCCAUAAGAUGUGAAAGAAAACUGCCUAUUGGGAAGAGAGAGAGUGCUUUGGGGACCCUCUGUUCUCAUUUCUCCUCAGAGUUUACCUUGUUUCAGAUGCAGCCACAGGUAGGUUAGAGAUGGAUUGCUGGUGCAAUACACCCAAGAGUCAAUGUAGCAUCCUAAUCCCAUCAAGAUGUAGUUUGUAGCAGCAAAGCAUAGUCUGACGCCAUAUGUUUUAUCAUUAUGAUUUAGAGUUCUCAGCAGCCUUUUCAAGAGAGGCCAUUUACCAAAGUUAUUUCUAUAAGCUCAAGAGUGUUUCUGUGGGUGAAUUCUUCCAGCCAGAGCCACUUUCUUCCUAGAAUAGUUUAUACAAAUGACUAUUUAUACUUUUAAAGACACUGCUGUCCCCAUGAGAAAUGAAACCUGCAAUAAUUCAGGAUUUUCAGUGAAAGCAAUUAGUUUGAACAUUAAGAAAAAGGUUCAUACAUGGCCUAAAUUUUUACAUUAUCAUCUCUGACUUGACCAUUUUAUAAAACCUACCAAAGUAAAGAAUUAGUAGUCCAAUUCACUUAAAAAAAAAACUUCAAUUGUCUGUUAAUAUUAAAGAAACUUAGUUUACUGACCAUGAAACAGUCUAAGUCCUGACAUCCAGGAUAAAGUAAAACACUUCAAAAAUUUAAAAAAUGAUGGUCAAAAGACAGGAGCUAAUGUAAUAAGGCAAAACAUUGUUAGCAUUUCAGCCCUUUCUGUGAAUCUUCUGUUCCUAAGAAUAUGAGGUGACCUCUUUUUUAUGGGUUGGAAUUAGUUCACAUUUUAUGUUUGAUAAAAUCCUGACCCUGUCCAUAAGUUCGUCUCUCAUUAUGGUCUGUAAUUAUUUGAGAGCGUCUACAGCUGUUCCAAUGGAGGUGAAUGGCUGUACUGUUUAUUUAUUAGGAAUAGGUCAGAACUGCUACCUUCCUCUUUCUCCUGUGUGCUGUGAAAGUAGAUGGGUGCUUCAAGGUUCUGGAGAUCUUUAAUUUGCAUUUUAUGUCUUGGUUUCGCAAAAUUGAAGUUUUCCAUUUCCUUUUGCCUAACAUUGGAGUUUGGUGUUUUCAAUUCUCUGGUUCCGUGACAUCAUUGUUUGCUGUUUGUUACGGAAGGAAAAUGAACCCCACCUGUAGCUCGGCCCACUCAGCACUUGCUUUUCCUUGCAUGUGAAUAAAUUGUCAAAGCUGUCAUUACAGCUCUUCCGUCUGCACCAGCUUAAAGCAUUCCCCUCUGGUUCCCUUCUCCUUGUUUACAUGUUGUGGGCACCUUGCCUCAGUCACCACCUUCCAGGGUUUCAUAGAAAAUAACCUGAUUCAAAAUCAGUUCAGUUCUAAUGUGGGCAUUGUGGCGUGCUGAAAAUCAGACCCUUACGGGGAAAAUUGAGCUUUAAGUGACUGAUUCUCAAUCCCAUACAUAAAAAAUCUAACCCAGCUCCCCAAUGCCUGCGAAAAUUUAAUUUGCCUCUGGAUCUAAUAUUCCAAAACUGACUCUUAGAAAAACACCUAUUGGGAAGCUACAAGUGGGUCACAGGUCGGGGUCGUCUCAGUGACACUCAGGAUUCCUGUCAGAGCCGAAUCCUCAUAUCUAUCGCCUACAAAAACACACCAAGAAUGUUGCUGCUCUUUUUUUAAAGCCUCCUUUAAUAUUUAACAUGCAAGUCUUUGUCUUAAAUUCAACCUCUUCCUAGAAGCAAAAAAGGAAAAAAAUCUCAUGGGAUUGUGUUGAGGGACAACCGCUCGCACAUCACAGACCACCCCGUGACUUCAUUCUUGUCUCAGCUGAACAGUUGGAGGGAUCCCACCUGCUCCCAUGCCCACCUCAAGAAGAAAAUAAAAAUUUAAAAAAAAUAAAGAAAUCUACCUCAGUUGACAGGAUUCCAACUUUAGGGUUUCUUCAACUUUUAAGUCUUACCUGUUGAGUGUAACUUUUGUGGCAUCUUGCUUUCUCAAGCAAGCUAGUGAGGCAUGACAGAGCAGAAGUAUGUGAAUGUUACUGUGAUGGACCUCUUUCUAGCAUGUUGCAGUUUUAUUUUUAAUAAAUUGAUAAGUGAUAUGAAUGUAAAGGUAAUUGUGUAUGUUUUAAACAUGACAAUGAAAAUUUGAAAUGUAGCUUCCAUACUUGUGCAUAAUUCCAAAGUAUUUUAUUUUUAUCAGUGUUAAAUAGCUUUUUGUACAGGCUUCAAAUCCAUUUUCUGAAGUGUGCUGUUUUUUAAUGAAAGUAACUAUAAUCUUUUCACAUCCCAUGGAACUGCUGUUUACACAUUGCAACUUUUUAAACUGACCAUAUUUUUCAAAAUUAACUUUUUUGGAGGGAGGAAAUUUCCCCCUUGCUAAAUGAUACUAAACUGUUGUUUGGGCUCUUAUAAUUAGGUCCUCAGAUUUUAUAAAAAUUUAGUCUGUAGCUUUUUAGGUUCUUCACUAGAGUUGGUUGUAUAUAAAGAAUAUAAAGUGACCCCAAAAUUCUUUUAAAUGUCUGGAUUUUUCCACUAAUAUGUACUUUGGGGAGCAUUUCAUUCUUGCAUACUUUCACCAUUAAAUUGAAAAAAAAAAGUCUUUAGCUUUUCUUAGUUAAUGUGAACGAUUUGUUUUGUUUAAUUCUUCUUGGGGGGGGGGAUAUUUUAAUAUAAUUUCUGCCUAAAUCAAACAUCCCUCUGAAUGUUAACUUUUAAAUGUCAGAAUUUGGUGAACCAUAUAUCUAGGAAGUGAGAUUGCAAUAUGCUUAAAUUUGAGGCAGAUAAGGAGAAAAUUCUGGGAAUUGUUAUUGAAAGUCCAUUAAGAGAAAUUGAUAGGACUUUAUAAUUUUGAUGAGCUGAAUAGAUACCAAUGUCAACGUGUGGAAAUUUUUUCUUAAAACUUGUUCAUGUAUUAUUUUGAUCAAUUUUUCUGUGGCAUUUGGUGCAAUAAACCUUUUGAAUUUAUCUUGAACAUUUC